CCUCCAAGCGCUCUGUCCUGUGUGCUUUUAUUCAUUCAGGUUAAUUGUGAUCUGAAAUUAGAUAGAUAGAGGUGACGUCUUUACUGCUGUUGAGGGACUCCUGGUUUUAUUUGAGACAGUUUGAUGAGCUGGGUUCAUGGACCCCCAACAGUCUGCUGCCCUCCCAUUGCAGCUGCAUGGCAACAGUUUUGCAAUGAGCUCUGGACACCUGCCAAAGCUAAGCGGGGGAUACAGUGAAGGAGGAGGCAGAGGGGACGGAGGAGGCCGAUGUGCAGAACUUGAACAGCAAAACAUGAGUUGUCUUGCUCCUGUCAGUUCCAGGUUGAACCCACGUGAGCAGUCUGAGUGCCCACAGGAGCCUGAGGUUCACUGCCAUGCCAAGGACAGGCUGGACAUCAAGAGCAGGGGCUGCAGCCUACUCACCAUCUGCCAUUCAGGGGUAAUUUUUCCCUGGAUGAAGCCACGGACAAUUGCCUCUGAACAAUCUGGGUUUGCUCGUCCAUCAGUCGGCAGCGGCGUGGCAGCCAGAGGAGUACGGAGGGAGAGAACAGCUUUCACAAACAUCCAGCUGCUGGAGCUGGAGAAGGAGUUCCACUUCAGUCCUUACCUUCGUCGCACCCGGAGGCUGGAGAUAGCUGCCAUGUUGCAGCUCACCGACCGCCAGGUCAAGAUCUGGUUUCAGAACCGCAGGAUGAGGCACAAGAGGGAGAACAAGUACGGAAAGGUGACAGGUUUGUCACACAGUUCACCCAGCAACCAAAGCUCUUUUGAAGAACACCUGGAGUUCCCAUCAGAAUGUCCUGUCAGAACUUCCUCUUCCUCUUCCUCACACUUAUACUCCAUGGAUUGUGCUGCAUCCUCUCCAUUUGGCUCUUUUAUUGACAGCAGCACUGCUCAUUGUAUUCACCCUGCAGACUUGUCCCAUCUAAACUGCAUGCUUCCAUCUGUUGCAAAUGGCCCACCACCCUCCCGUGUGGGUGUAGAUGGUCAUCAUUACGCCGGCAUUUCAAACUGGCUCUGAGGCCCCAUCAUGGCUAUCCCUUCGGUGCCCAUCAAAAUCUCAAUCAUACAUCCACUUUUACUUUCUUUUGGAAGACAUGGAGAAGGACUGCGUCUGACCGGCAUUGCAGGAAAAUCCCUUGACAGAUCCUUUUAUCAUUCAUGUAACAUUUUAAUUAAACUAUAAGAACACCUCUUGAUUGAAGAAGAACUACAGUGAUAUUAUUUGUUUCUCAGGCUUCUCAGGCUCUUUAAACCUGGUGCACAUAUUAUAUUUCCUAGCAUGCAGUUGCAGCAGUAACAUGGUUUUUAAAAAAUGCCUGUAAAAAUUGUAUUGUUGCACAUUUAAUGCAUGCAAGAGUUAGACUGAGUUUGUUAGAUAAUAAGUAAGUUGUUGUCAUAUUUUCCAUUGUGCCUAUUUUUCUUGUAAAAAGUUGUUCCUCUGUGUAAAAUGUUUUAAUGAGCAGGAUACGUGUUAAAUUAUGUUAUGUUAUUUGUUAAAGUCAUCAGCUCAUCCCUCAAGUCUUUUAUAUUGUUGUUGAUUAAUUGAGAUGUCAUAUACUGUACGUGUUUAAUAAA